UCCCCUGUUUUCAGGCUGUUUGCGCAGCGGUGCUGUCGUGAGUCUGUGCGCCGCUGUGCGUCCACGGCCUGCGCCCUCCUUCUCUCCUCACGCCCCGCCUUUUCAUCGGAAGGAUUCCUUCUUCCCUAUCCAUCCAUCAUUCUUAGUCCCUUCUGAUUUGUUUUCCCUUGUCCUCGCUUUACAUGAUCUGAACAUAAUGGGGAUUUAAAACAGGUGGAAAACUCUUCUAUCUCCAUCAAUCCUUUGCAGUAAAGCUUUAGGGGAUCAUGCAACAUCUGAAGCCAUGGCGAGCUCUGCUCCUUUUGGCGGUGCUCUACCAACCAGCUGUCCCUGAGAAAUACGGUUGCCUGUUUGAAAGAGAGCUUUGCAUAAGGGAUCAGGUUUGCUAUGACGAUGGGUUGUUUGGUCAAUGCCGGAGCUCCAAACAGGACCAGGUCCAGUACCAGGUGACAGUUCCUGUGCUAAAGAGGAUGCAGGAAGUCCUCAAACAGCUCAUGUUGCAAGGUCUGUCAUGGCAAGAUGACAUCACCCAGUAUAUUUUAUCAAAGGAGCUGAAGAGAGUUCCACAUACCACUGUUCCCUCAAAGCCAGCCUCUUCCUCCUCCUCACCUUCUUCUCAUUUAACUCACUCAAAACAGCAUAUCUCCCACCAACCCAAAUCUAAAUCAGGGUCCACAUCUUCUGGUGGUAAAUAUGUGGACUAUAUGUAUGUUGAGCCUCCUCAGUCCCCGCUGCGCAUACAAACAGCCUCUUUGGACCCAUAUGCAUACCACCAGCAUAGAUACCAAGACGAAAUGGAGAGAUCUCUUCUGAGUGCAGCAGGGGGAUAUGCUCGCCCAUCUUCAAGGUCCCAGGCCAGCCAGAGGGAACGAGAGCGGGACAGGCAGCUGCUACAGGAAGCUCUGUCUUUAUACCUGGCAUCUGUGCAGCCAUCUUAUCGGCACAGAGGGUCUGCUCCUAUAGCUUCUCCAGGUUUGCCUUAUUAUGAGGAUGUAGAGAUACCAGUGGACUAUGUGGAAGAUUACACCCUAGAGGAGAGGCUUGGUACUAGAGAAAGACAAAACCUGCAGAAUAAGAAAGCUCCAAAGGAAUCUGCUCAUCUGCCUGGGAAAAACGAUGACCUGCUCCAGAGGAUAUCAGAUGUCUUGCAAAGGUACAACAUUGAUCCAAGGGAACUCAGCCAGGAACAACUCUACAAGCUGGCUCUGAUACUCCAGCUGCUUCAAGCGCAAGACAAAACAGACCCGAAUGCCAAAGAUCUCGUCACUCUAAAGGAGUUGCUACAAAAAGAAAGUAUGUCCAAACCAGAAAAGGCUGUCCCUGUGCCUGGCCUUCUUGAUUCUCCUGCUGCAUCUUCCACUAAACACCCUGAUAAAACUCUACCUAAGAGUGCCACCCUCCCCACAUCUGCCUCCAGACCUCCACAAGCUGCUCCUGUUGAAGUUGAAAAAGACUUUGGGGAGCCUCUAAUGGAGGGUACUGGAGGCAAAGAGGAGUAUGGUUACAUCGUCACUAACCAGAGUCCCCUGAAUCUGUAUGAUGGAGUGAAGCUGUUGCAGCUUCUGGCUGAAAAAAUACACUUGACAACAAGCAGCUUCAUAAAUAUCAGUGCGGUGGGUCAGGCCUUGACUUUCCGUAUCCGGCAGAAUGAACACAACAUGACGGCUGCAGAGGUAGCUGCCAAAGCUGAAUCUGAGAAGAAUUUCCUGGAGUCUGAAACUGGCCUGAAAAUUGUCCAGACUGGUGUAGGAGAGAGAACAAAUGCACGUGGUCUCCCUCAGGUCAUUAGAGUCCCUCCAGGAUCCAGUGGUACAGUCAUCACCCUUGUUUCCAUGGCAGUGGUUGGCGGUGUGCUGGUACUGGCAAUGGGAAUAGCUUGUUUCAGGCACUAUGGCCACCAUGUCGCCAAUGGUAAGCUCGGCUUGGGGCCAGAAGGAGGAGCAGACACACACUUUGACUACCAGGAGCUCUGUCGGCAGCACAUGGCAUCCAAAUCCUCUCUCUGCCGCCAAGAUUGUGUUGGCGGGUCAAGCAGUGGCAUGGCGGGACCUGCCACAGGAACUGGAGCUGGCGGACGGAGGGGCACAGAUACGUCCCGUGUGAGCAGUGUGUCCUCCCAGUUCAGCGACGGCCCCCAGCACAGCCCGUCCUCCACUCACAGCUCUACCCCAUCCUGGAGCGAAGAGCCGGCCCAGUCUAAUAUGGACAUCUCCACAGGUCACAUGAUACUGGCGUACAUGGAGGAUCACCUGCGUAACAAGGAUCGGCUGCAGAAGGAGUGGGAGGCUUUGUGCUCCUAUCAGGCUGAGCCCUGCUCUGUAGCUGUGGCUCAGGAGCCUGCCAACAUGGAUAAAAACCGUCACGCUGAUGCCCUCCCCUAUGAUCACUCUCGUGUGAAGAUGAAGCCAGAAGUAAACCCAAAUAAACAAGAUUAUAUCAACGCCAGUUUUAUCUUCGAUCAUGACCCUCGCCAACCCGCCUAUAUUGCCACACAGGGCCCCCUGCCCCACACCGUUGCAGAUUUCUGGCAGAUGGUUUGGGAGAAUGGCUGCACAGUAAUCGUGAUGAUGACGGCUCUGGUGGAAGAUGGAGAAAAGCAGAGUGAAAGAUACUGGCCUGAUGAAGGUUCUUCACUCUAUCACAUUUAUGAGGUGAAUCUGGUAUCAGAGCAUAUCUGGUGUAAGGACUUCCUGGUGCGCAGCUUCUACUUAAAGAACGUCCAGACACAGGAGACGAGAACAUUGACACAGUUUCAUUUGCUUAGUUGGCCUGGUGAUGGUAUUCCCACUUCUACAAGACCGCUGCUCGACUUUCGCAGGAAGGUGAAUAAAUGCUACCGAGGUCGAUCCUGCCCUAUCAUUGUUCACUGCAGUGAUGGGACAAGCAGGGCUGGCACAUACAUUCUCAUUGACAUGGUGCUGAAUCGCAUGGCUAAAGGGGUGAAGGAGAUUGAUAUCGCAGCCACACUGGAGCACAUCAGAGACCAGAGGCCUGGACUGGUUCGCACCAAGGACCAGUUUGAGUUUGCGCUGACAGCCGUUGCUGAGGAGGUGAACGCCAUUUUGAAAGCUCUGCCACAGUGAGAUCCAGCAGUUGAGGAACAUGGCCACCAGACAUGGAGGCACCUCAAAAUACAUGUUUCAAAGGAAAUAUUUAUUGGAUCUCUUUGAUCUAGGUGGAGACAAGGGUAUACACAGUCCCAGAAAUGUCGAGCCUCAUUU